AUGCACUCGCUUCGACCCGAGACUUUGAAGAUUGACAUCUCCAAGUAUAGGGGAGUCGAAGAGGACUCCCUCUUGAGAUGGUUCGUCGAAUUGGAUGACGCCAUAAGGGCGCGUCGCAUCGACGACGGGGAUAUGCAAGUUGCAUUUGCCCAGUCAAAUCUGGCAGGACGUGCCAAGACUUGGGCACUGGGGCUCAAGCUGCACGACCCAUAUGCGUUUGGGUCGUUGGAAGUCUUCAAGUCGCGGCUCAGACAAACGUUUGAACCGCCUAGAGCUGAGUCCAGAGCUCGAACCGAACUCUUGAAGCUCAAGCAGGGUAAGCGUGAUGGUCUUGCGGAUGGUCCCGUCAGGACUCACCUGUUCCGGCUUGACCUAGAUUCACUAGAACAAGCCAUUUCCAUUGCGGAGCAGGAAGACUUCAGUCUGAGACAGGCUCGCGCCAGCUCGACAUCAUAUCGUCAACCGAGACGAUAUGACAACGGAGGUCCAGAGCCGAUGGAACUCUGUUAUGUAGAGAGCGAGAAGGCUCGCUCUACAGGCUACAAGAAGUUGCAGAAAUGCAACAGAUGUCAAAAGACAGGACACUACGCUUACGAGUGUAGUGCCCCUCGUCCAGUGUCUCGCAACACUGGGCGUAGUGACCGUCCACCCAUGAGAAAGGGGCAGGGACGAGGGUCCGCUGUUGGUGCAAAGACGCAACAACGGGAUGGACCGUCAAAAAACGGACAGGAUCAGUAG